UCGCGACCUCUUCGGCCUGGUGUCCUUUGCUCUCACUCGCUGUGCACUUCCAAAAUAGCUUCAGAAACAGCCUGGGGCACUCUGAAGACAGGGAGCAAACACUUGUUCUGGACAACAACAUUGGAUUAAACAUUUGUUAGAGGGUGUUUGUGAAAAUCUGGGAGCUGAACCUGUCCCGGACUGGAUGGAUGCUCAGGUGCAGACCCUCGAGACAGAGACACAGAGGGACAGCUGCUGAUGUGAGUCUUUGGACAGGUGUAGUCACGUGGUCAUCAUGGGCAAUGAAAACAGCACAACCGAGCCUCUGUCAGAAGAGGGCGCUCCAGAAAGUGUUGUUCUAUUUCCACCUCAGGAGAAUCACUCACUCGAGACUGAAGCCCACUCUGACUCAUCCAAGAGGGACAACAAACCACUGCUCAGAGGGGCGUCCUCCAGCCAGCAGAGCCUGUCCCUGUCCCAGUCUGUGCUGCCGGAUGUCCCAGUGCUGAGUGGAGUGGAGGAGACAACUAGAUCUCCCGGAGACCCGCUGGACAGAGAGGAACUGGAGUUUCCUCACGACCUGCUGCCCAGCCUUGACUUCAGCAGUGAACUCAACAUCUGGGAGUCAUCUCUAGGAAACCAGACUAGUUCAGACCAGAGGCAAUGUGAGCAGGUGAACCCCCUGCUGGUGGGUCUGCAGCAUCACAUGGAGGCCGGUCAGCCGAUAGUGGUUGUUGAUAUGAGGCCUCAACACAGUGACCCAGAGCUCCUCACAGAUGCCCCAAAUCCACCCAUACCGCCGGCCCCACCCUCCUCCGAGAUAGACAGGGAGCUCCAAGAUGCCUUCCAGGAAUGUGAACAGCAAAUGGCUUCGUUAGGUGUAGCCCAGCCCAAAACAGUCCAUGCAACAGAGGAAAAGACAGAUGCAAUAGAGAGAAAGACAGAAGAAGCUAAAAAGUUAGAUCAUGAGUCAUCAAUGGCCGCCCAGCCAGGACAUAGCAACAAGUCCCACGGCAACAGGAAUACACAUGGAAACAGUGAGACGCUGGAGAAUCAGGACAAGCUUGUGUUUAGCUUCAGAGACUAUAUUCUGGGAAGUGCAGAUGGGGAAGAGGCUGCAAUAAAGCCUGGACAAGACAGCAAGAAUACAAAAGAACCAAAAGAGGAUACGCCAAGACAACUAACAAGAGAAGUUAAAGAAAAGGAUGGUGUUUUGAAUGAAACGGCACAUCUCAAAGAGUCAUAUUCAAUAAAUAAGCAAAAUAGCACUUUGGGUAGUAAUGAUGCCGUUACAGCUGCAGAGAUUAUAGGUAUAGGGGGAAUUGCAAAAAGUCAAAAUAAUAAUGAAGAUGCAGGGGCCAGUUUAAACAAAUAUUUAGACAAAAGUACAAAUAAAUAUGACGCUGUUAUAGAGGAAGACAAAACUAGUCAUUCAAAUGAUAAUAGUCCUUUAUCUGAAGUGAAGGGUGGAGUGCAGACACAAGAACACGAGCUUAAUAAUAUAGACGUCAAAGUCAGUACACAAUGUGAGCCACAAAACAAACAUGGGAAAAAAGCAAAGAAGAAAGACAAAAAUAAACGAAAAACAACAAAUCAAAACCAGUGGAAUGAGGAAAUAAAAUCUGAUGUAGUAUUAGAGAACCCUAGUCAAGUCAUUUUGUGUGAUAAAAAUGGAUUGGAAAAUAGCACUCUGGGUUAUAAUAAGACAGAGAACUGCACAGCCGCAGUGACGGAGAGUACAGAUAAUAAACAUGACCAUAAAGAGAAUAGGUCUAGUUUUAAUGAAGUUGGGAUCACAAAGGCAGAUGAGGUUGUAAACAAAGAGAGCGAUGUUUGUAAUUUAUUUGGGGCAAAGGAUGCAAUUCCAGACACACAAAAUAAAAAUGCCAAAAGUGGUUUAAAAAAGAAAUCAAAGAAAAAAGAUACUAUUAAAGAAGCUAAAUAUGUAGAUACGAAAAACUCAACAGCAUUACUAGAAACCUCCCAACAACAACCUAAUUCAGAAAAGUAUACUCUUGAUUGUAAGAGCGGCACUGAUGUUGUAGCAGACAGUGGUCCUAAUAAAUGUGUAAAAGAGAGCAAAAAGACAGAUGGACUGGGAAGUGAAGACAAUAAAACAUGUGAUGUAAGUGAUAAUUGUGAUUUAUAUGAGGACAAGAGUACUAGAAAAGUAGAAGAAGUUAAGCAAAGUGAAGGGGACAAGUCCAAUACUAAAAGCGACCCACAUAACAAACAAGUAACAAGUAACAUUAAUUUGCCUGCAAAUGAAGCAAGUUUAUAUGGAAAAUUGACGGAAAGUGGCAGUGUAGAGAUGAGUGCAGAAGGAGUGUCCAUAGAUAUCAUAAAUUAUAGUCCAGAUGAUAGUUCUAAUGGAUUUAAAGCUGAGAACAAAGAGACACACACAGAAAAGUGCAAAUCGAGUAAUUUAAUUGAUAAUGAUGCAGUAGCAGCAGUCAGGGGGCAAGAGGAGAGGCAAAAUAGUAAUUCACAAAAUGAUGAACAAGAGAAAGCGAAAGAGGGAAAGAAAAAAGAUAAGAAGAAGCAACGAAAGAAGAAAAAGGCUGUGAAGAGUGAAGAGGGCAAACCAAAAUUGGAAAAUGAAAUUGGAGAUGUGUUACUGACAGAUAUUGGUUUUGGUGAUAAACAGUCCAAUAAUGGCGCUGAUUUAAACAAGCAGCAGAAUCUUAAUGGAAACACCCCCAUUUCAGUCUCUAGCCCCUUUGUCCCAUCCUCUUAUAGCCAAUCAGAUCAUCUUACCAGCUGUGCACUUGAAUCUACUGAAAAAGAUAAAGAGACAGGCCAUCAGUCGGAUAACAACAACCUUACAGACAAUGCAUGUUGUUUAGAUCAUGUCAACUUACAAGAAACUGAAGACAGAAAUGCUAUAUUGUCAUGUGAUCUGAAAACCAUUAUCAAUACUUCGGAUUUAGUUACAAAUGAAUCACCACCACAUGGUCAGGUAGAUGCGAGGCUGCUCGCCAACAUCCAAAGUAGUUGUGUGGGAGCGAGUUGCGUAGAUAGUGCCCUUGAAAAAGCUUUAGCACUGGGUACUGUGUUGCCAUUGACAACACCCACGAUGCCAGAAGUGCUAGGAAAGGGAGAAAGUGGUGUGAGUGUUGCUAAUGAAAUUGAGAACGCAUUUGGAAAGGCAGGAGAAUGUUUUGCAGACAAGGAAGGUGGACACGAUUUGGGAUUCGUGGGAACUACAGGGCAGACAACAAAUGAGAAUAUCAACGGUGGGGAAAUGCCACACAACUUGGCAGAGAGUGGGGUGAGAGCCGUGCCAGCUUUUAUUGCGGACCUCGAGAUUUCUCCAUCUGAAGAGGGAGACGGAGACAAGGAGCCACUCUGCCUGGAUGUCGAUAAUAGCACCCAUGGGCAACUCACUGGUGCAGGUUGUCAAUAUAACUGCGACGCUACUCCUGCUGCUUGGACAGAGGAAGCAGGGGAGAGGAGAGUAGGAGGAGAGGAAGUAGCAGAGAAACAAAGACCAGAGCACAGUUCAUUCGUCCGACCACAAGGCUCUGCUAGUGGGGUGCCGUCAGCUGAGAGUGGAGAGUGUCCGCCCACCGAUGUUGCCGAGUCACAGCACCGGAGGGAACUGAGGGCAACCAUCACUGAAAGCAUUUGUGCCGAUUUGGAUUCUCUCUCUUUCCCUUGUUCCGAGAAGCAUGACGGAACAACUUCACCUGUUUUGACCGGACAAAGCAGCAAUAUACAUGGACAAAAUCUGGAUUCAGAGGAAGUUUUCGGAUGUGAGUACAACAAUCAAGUCUUCCCACCUUUAAGUUGUAAUCAGAAAAUAUCAUUGGAUAACAAUCAACAGGUCCAAGAAGAAAGUAGCAGUAAUGAAUUGCAAAGUAAUUCUGUGACAAAUACAAUACCUGUGGUGGAUAUGAAUGCAUGUCCUACUACUGUACACAAGAAUCGAGUUCACUUUGCAGAUUCAGUUAAAGUGGAUACAAUGCCAGCAGGAGACGCUGUAUUGGGAUCUGCCUCUUUACCACCCAUAACUGUGCAUGAGAGUUUGCACCACCCAGUUAUUGAGGCCAGUUACGUUUUCCAAGGCUUCCUAAACUCAAUUAAAACUGAAAUCCCAGAAGAUAAAGCUGUUGCUAAGAAUAAUGAAGAAAAUCAAAGCUCACCUCAAAAAGUAGUAAAUGAAGUUGAAGGAGUUGCUAGUAAAGACAUAAUUUCACAAAAUAAUGUUAUCCCUGAGAAUGUGGAUGUAAUACCCGUGUCCAGUACUUGCUCUGAAUUACUUCCAGAACAAACAGAAAUUGUGAAUACUGUAACAGCUGGGGAAAAUGCCAAUUGUGAAGGAGUGCAACUGGGGUCAACAAAUAUUAUUGCCGAAAAUAACUCUGUAUCUUAUUCAAAGGAAGAAGACACACUUAAGCCUAAGGAAUUAUUUGAAACUGUGCAACAUGAAAAUCAGAGAUCAGAGAUUGUUGAAGACAUUAUUAAUUUAAAUACUUCUUGUAAUUUGCCUAUUGGCCCUAAUCUCAACACAAAUGUACUUCCUAACACAGAGCCUACAAACAUCAACGACAUUUCAACAAACGUGUCUCUUGUUUCUGGACAAAUAACUUCAAAUAUGGAAAAUGAGACUGAGCCAACUAUGAAAAGCAAUGAUCUCCAAACUUCAUUAUCCAAUCCCGUUGACGCAGCCACUGUCCUAUCAUCAGUAUCCCAGCCUAUUGAUCCAGCGGUGAGUCACUUAAAGUCAAUUAAUGAAUGUGAUGUGUCUUCACCUGAGCAGAUGACAGAUAAUGCUAACAAUGCUAACAGUGUUAACAAAGCUAAAUGUGCUGGAGACUUGAAUGCUAACCAGAAAGAGGAAGUGACAAUAUUGUCUUUAGUACAGGACACCGGUGAUGUUAAUGUAAAUGAUGUAGACCUAAAAGACGGCACUACUGAUCCAAAUAGCAAUAAAGGAGAAAAUGCUCAAAAUGUGUUAAUACUUAAUGUUAAACCUGAUAAUGCCUUGGACACAGUUUCCAAUGAAUCAGCCAUUUCUGAAUUACCCAUAAAGGAAGAAAACAUGAAUGUGUCUAGCCUUUCUGAUAAAAUUAAUGACAGUAUUAAAGAAAAAGAAAAAAAUACAAUGACUGCUAUUAUUCCUGAAGAACAAAUCAAGCAUCCACCUAUUCUUAAUAAUGUAAAAGAAGGAAUGGACUGCGGCAAGUUGGAAAUGGGAAAAGUCGACACAGCACUGCAUGGGAGUAAUGAGUUAGAUAAAGAGCCUCCAGGGUACAUUGGAAACCAGCAGCUACCUCGUAAAGAAGAUUCACUUAUUGAGGGAACAAAAGGGAGUGGCAAUGGCUUUAAUAGUGGGCCUUUGUCUCAUUAUGUUGAGUCAUUGGAGGGCUUGCAAAGUGCUGAGUUUAUUAGUGAACCUUUGGCAGAAGAAAUUCAUAGCAGUUUGGAUAAUUCAGGCCAAUCAGAAGCGUCAACAGUUCCCAGAUGUUUAUUGCCCCGGCAACAGGAGCAGCCUAAAUCUGAGAAAAACACAGAGGGAUCUGAAAUUGCCUGUUUCAAAGAUGGCCAAGAGGAAAAGCAGAAUGUUGAAAUGAACAGCUUAUCAAAAAUCAACAGUAAAACUAAAAUUGACGAAGACAACGAAGAAGUGAUAAACAAGGUUUCUGAAGAAUUUUCCAAUCAAGAACAAAAUACAUUUAUUUCAUGUAUUGAUAAAGAGGAAAUUGAUUCAAUUCCCAUGAAAGCUGAUCUAAAGGACACAAGGCAGGAGACAUUUGAGAAUAAAAGGUUAGACAAGCCGGACACAAGUUCACUGCCAGACAGCGACUUUGCAUGUGAUCUAGGGGAAAACAGCCAAGGAAACCAUAAUUUCUCAUCUCUUUGUCAAAACCAACAGGAGCCUUUGGGGAACAGUGGCGCUACUGUCCUGGCUGCAUCACAAGAACAUGAUACAUUGCUGGUUUAUGCCAAUAGCCGCGACAUCCGAACAGACACUGAACAAAAGCAGGCAGAGGAGAUUCAUGGAAAAAUAUUCACUGAUUUUGUUAUGCAACCAGAAAGCGCCAAUGAGUCUUUGAGUAAAAAUAGUACAACCGAGGAAUGUAGAUUUGGAGAUACAAUGCUGUCCAAUAAAACUGAUGCUGUACAAAGUUGCCAAGCAGCGACUAUAAUAGAGGGGCCUUUCAACGGGGAUACACCUAGCAACCAUGGGAAAGAGGAGAGUGAGGUCACUAACAAUGAAGCUAAAGAGGUUAUAAAUCUGACUGACCUUAAGCAGACCGGAUCAAUAGAAGUCAUAAGUGAAACAUCUAAGACUGAGCAAAACAAUGACGCAGCAUAUCAAAUAACUAGUAACAUAAUACAGUUAAAUGUCAAUAAUAAUAUGUCUUUAAGUAUGCCAGAAGAACUAAAAGAGGAUGUAACAUGUUCACAAUCCAGUGAUGAGGCUUUGACGAGUGAAUUUGAAAAGAAAUUACCUCAAAAAGACUCUUCUUGCAUCCAUGUGAAUGAAAAUAAAGAAGUGUCUGACGUGUCACAAGUGAAUACAAUGAGUUGGAUCAAGGCUCUAAGAGAGGCGGCUACGAAGUCUGAGCAAGAGACAAUAAGGCCCCUCCCAUCUCUGGAUUCUCCUUUGCAAGACUUCCAUACACCAACUGAGGACACACCAGCCCCCAAAACACAGGAAACCCCACAGAAGGAGGAGGAAUCACUCAUAUUACAUUCAGAGAAAUCAGAGAGUAUCAGUAAUGCUAUAGCAGAUCUACCAAAACCAAAAGAAGACAUUGCAUUACUUAAAAAGAAGCUAAGUAUUGACCUUCCUGAUCCAGUGGAGGUUGGGCCAAUCAUAAAAGAGAAUACUCAAAAAGUGCCAGUGUCGAGAGAGCCACAGUUGCCUAUUCAACUAGUGACGACUGAAGAUCUGCCAAAGGUUGAUGUCCCAGAAGUCAAAAAUGAAGAAGACCAGACUCGACCAGAUUCUGUAGUCCAGGCCCCAACCGCAUGCACACAGCAGAAGCCAGGGGAGUCUUUGGAAAAACAUUUGGUUAGCCAACCGCUGAAGGAACCAGAGGGUCCUGCUGAGCAGCAGAACAGUGGGCCGUCCCACACAGAGAUCAGUGCUUGUGCCCCCCCUGCACCUCCCACCCCUCCUGCUCCUGCUCCUCCCGCUCUGUCAGACUUCCCCACUCCCCCACCCACACCCCCGAAGACACACUCACCUGAGGCCGCUCCUGCAUCACCCCAAUUUCCUCCACCUCCUCCUGACCUUGAACCCAUCCCUGAGCACACCGAUCCACCGGCUGCUCCCCACCAUCCUAAUUUAAGGAGCUCAGACUCUGAUGGAGCCUUUGAGACCCCAGAGUCGACCACUCCAGUGAAGGCAACCCCAGAAACCCCCAACCAGCAACCAGCAGCCACUGAACAAGUACCAGACUCUUCCAUCAAUAACACUGUCUCUGACUUGCCUUUUGAACGGUCCUGCAACUCCCCCUCUACUUUUGAUGAGGACAGACCCAUUGCAGCCAGUGGGUCCUAUAACAUUGACCUGUUUGCUGCAGAUUCAAAUUCCACACUGACCCGCUCCCUCAGUCUUCAGGGAGGAGAACUAGAUCAUUCCGACGUUCAGUUUGGAUCAACAGGGUUCCGACCACAUUCUGAAUCUUUCUCUGUUGGAAGUGGGAGCGCACCAGGAACUCUCCAUCGACCUAAAAAAGUCAGAGGCGGUUCACUUAAAAAGAAGCCUAUUUUAAGACAGAACUCAAAUCCGGAAAGUGCAAAACCAGCAUCAUCCAGUAGCACUCCUGAGAUUUUAAAAAGAGCAAAACCUCGAACAUCCAGUCCCUUACAACCUCAAGAGGAAGGUGAAACUGGUUCUGCGACCCCAAGUCCUGGCGGGACACUCAGACGAACCAGGAAGAACCGUGUAGUGACUCCGCCCCCUCUCACUGAAGAGACCAGCACCACACCGAACGACAAUCCAGCGGUCUCUACUUUACCCUUGUGUCAAGAGGAGCCCCAAGUCUCUACAAGUCCAAACCCUAACGAAGAAUCACCCAUCCCGCCCAGUGCCUCCUAUAAAUGGGACCCAGACAAUAUUGACAAUAUCAACCCAUUCAAAACAGGAGGUUGUAAAAUCGCCAAUUCUCCUGUACUUGGGCGUAAAGAUAUUUCCAGCACUGAACCUAUACUCCCAGAAAGCCCCCCUAUCCCUUCUUUAGACCCUCUUCCUCCCAGUGACCCAGCUCCUUCUAAAGAGCCUAUUUUUAACCCAGAGGAGCAGCCAAUUUUGCCAAACCGUCAAGGAGUAAGGCUGGAGUUUGAUUACUCAGAGGAGAGUGGUGAGGCGGCCCAACAGGCAACCCCUCCACCCAAAAAACUGGGCAAAAAGCCUGGUGCCAAGAUGCCGCUUCGGAGACCCAAACUAGGACUGAAAAAGCCCCCUCCCACACAGACGGAGGAGCUCGACAACAACCCUCCAACCAAUGGGAAUGAUGAAGAAAUCCCAGUGCCCAAAGUCUCAUAUAACUUUGAGGACAAGUGGGACGAUCCUAAUUUCAAUCCAUUUACUUCUAAAAAAGGCAUUGGCAACUCUCCCAAGUUACCUCGCCCCACUCACAGUUUUGACCCCAAUAACUUUGACGACUCCAUAGACCCUUUCAAAUCAUCAAAUAAAAUGAACAACUCUCCUCCAAAGGCCUCGGCAUCAUUUGAACUGUCUGCAAAUGAUAACGAUGUUGAAAAUGAUAAUGACAACAUCGGGGAACUGGAAGACCAAAAUCAGAACAAGCCUGCCAAGAAGAAGAAAACUCCAAUUAAAUCUAAUACUUUUAGAGUCAAGAGGUCACCAAAGAAAUCACCACUGUCAGAACUUGCUCAGGACUCCACAGAAGACCCCGCGUCGACUCACCCCCAGGACGACCACGCCACAGACGAGGAGAAGCUGGCCUCCUCCUCCGGACACAAGUGGAGUGCCCUGCAAAGCGUUGAGGCCGAUUUAAACUCCGAACAACAGGACUUCCCUCAGCCCAGCGAUCUCACGGCUUUUGUGAAUGAGAGCAAUCUGCCCCGAGAGACAACAGGAGCUGACUAUGAGAUUGAAUACAUGGAGAAGAUCGGCACCUCUUCACCUCCUCUAUCCGUGAAGAAGCCAUCUUUGUACCUGAAGUUGGACUCGGUGUCUGACAACUUAAACAACACCACUCGUGGGUCUGAACCUAACUCACCUUGCACUGGGAGCUUUGAGGAGAUGGAGGCACAAAUCACAGCAGACAUGAAGACUCCAGUCCUCAGCACACGGCCUGGUCCCGAAGGCUCUGCCGGAGACAGGGGACGGAAGAGAGAGAGUGAGAAGCUCGCCCGAAACCAGAGCACAGAGAGAGAGGAACAGCCUGUGGGUCCUGCUCCUGCUCCGGACAUGCCCCUCUUAGAGCAGCUGUCCGAGUGUGGCGACCCCCUGCAGUACCUGGAGCCCGACCUGGCAGAGACCAACCCCACAGCAUUCGCCCAAAAACUACAGGAGGAGCUGGUGCUUGCUGCCCUGAGGAUAGAGGCUCUGCAGGUAGCCAAAAACAUCUCUCAGUGCCCCUCCCUCUCCACUGUAUCCCCCCAGUCCUGCCCCAAGAAACCCAGCACUCGUCGAUGGAAUAUCAAUGGGUCGCCCCUUAUAAAAAAUUGGUUUACGUCUCUAGUCAAGCAGCGAAAAGAAACCGCCCCAAAUGACAGUCCAGUGUCCAAGAAUUCCCUGUACGCCCGGACCACCACCAACUACAUGGAGGGAGAGAGCCCCCAUCUCCCCAGUGACAUGGACCACUCACUGGGGAUUGCACGGGAAGAGAUUGUAACAAAAGAGAAGGAGGUUCUGGAAUGGCAGAAGAAAUAUGAAGAGAGCAGAGUGGAAGUGGUGGAGAUGAGACGAAUUGUUGCUGAGUACGAAAAGACAAUCGCACAGAUGAUUGAGGACGACCAAAAGGAGAAGUCCCUGUCCCACCACACAAUCCAGCAGCUAAUUUUGGAGAAAGACCAAGCUCUCGCCGAUCUCAACUCAGUGGAAAAAUCUUUGGCCGAUCUUUUCAGGCGCUAUGAGAAAAUGAAGGAUGUGCUGGAAGGUUUCCGCAAGAAUGAAGAGGUUUUGAAGAAGUGCGCGCAAGAGUAUUUAUCCAGAGUACGGAAAGAGGAGCAGCGCUAUCAGGCCCUUAAGAUCCACGCGGAGGAGAAACUAGACAAGGCGAAUGCGGAGAUAGCACAAGUGCGAGCCAAGUCCAAACAGGAGCAGGCGGCGUACCAGGCCAGUCUGCGAAAGGAGCAGAUGAAGGUGGACUCAUUGGAGAGGACACUGGAGCAGAAGAACAAAGAGAUUGAAGAAUUGACGAAAAUUUGUGACGAGCUGAUUGCCAAAAUGGGGAAGAGUUAACCGCUCUGUGACGUCCUGCAAAGAGGAACCCUGGAAUAAACUGGAUUAAAAACACCCCACUUUAAAAACACAGACUAAAGCUUUAUUUUGGGGUCAUGUUCAUACAUGUACAGAAAUCCACUGGACUGGCUUCCAACUCUGUACAUAUAGAUGUCACUGUAUAUUGUAUUGGGGUCUGGUUUUAAAGUUUUGGAAAUGUACCAUAUGACUUGGGAGCGAAUGUUGUUGAGAGUACAUUGUUGACGUGAAUGACUGAGUUAAAUUAUAUCUAAUGAUGUUGCCAUGACAGCCACUGAGGGAGAAGACUGUUUUACCCGCUCUUGUUGUUGUCUCCUCUUAAAAGACAAAGAUAGAAGAGAGACAGAGACCUACCUUGUUGAUACACCACUAUAAAAUAUAUCUGUAGCCCCCCUGCAUGUAAGGAUAGUAAUAUUAAUGUUUGUAAAUAUACUUCCGGAAAGUAUAAAAAGUGCAUUUUGAUAGUCAUUUGACCUGCUUCCUUCAUGUAACCUUGUAGAUAUUUGUCAUAGCUAUGAUAUUGUGUAACUUUAUUUUUGGGGGAUUUAUUUUGAUAUGAUGAUAUAUAAAACUUGUAAGUGUAUUCAGUUGUGACCAGGAGUAAUUUAAUUUGGAUGGAUGUCUUCGUACUGCAUUGUGUGUCACACUGACUCUCUGCACAGCUACUGUACAGCAUUGGCUUCAAACGUGCAAUAAAAGAUGGCAAUACAACAAUGGA